GGGUCUCUGCUUGAUGGCGCAGGUGAACAUAAGAAGUGCGGCGGAGCUCCGAGGGCCGCUGCCAUGUCUUCCGGCUGCCCCCCCCAGUCGCCGGCUGUAGAAAAGACGGAGGUAGCGGUGGAGGGAGAAUGCCCUCUGCUGGCUGCGACCUUCGCCUACUGGGACAACAUCCUGGGCCCCCGGGUUCACCACAUCUGGGCUCCCAAGGGCGAUCAGCUGAUGUACCUCAGUGACGGAGAGGUGACCUUCCUGGCCAACCACACGCUGAACGGAGAGAUCCUCCGCAGCGCAGAGUGCGGCGCCGUGGACGUGAAGUUCUUCGUGCUUGCAGAGAAGGGCGUCAUCAUCGUGUCCCUGAUCUUCGACGGCGAGCUGAAGGGGGAUAAGAACACAUGUGCCCUGUCUGUCAUCCUGCCUCAGACGGAGCUGGCCUUCUACCUGCCUCUGCACGCCGUCUGCGUGGAGCGGCUGAAGCACGUCAUCAGGAAGGGUCGGAUCUGGAUGCAGAAGGGCUACAACAUCAUCUCAGUGCUGAGCCUGGAGAUCGCUCCCAUCAUGGAGCUGCUGGCGUCCAUGAAGUCGCACAGCGUUCCUGAGGACAUAGAUAUAAAAGACACCCUGCUAAAUGAUGAUGACAUCGGGGACAGCUGCCAUGAGGGUUUCCUCCACAAAGCCAUCAGCUCUCAUCUACAGACCUGUGGCUGUUCGAUCGUGGUAGGAAGCAACCCGGAGAAAGUAAACAAGAUUGUCCGGACGCUCUGCCUCUUCCUCACCCCAGCUGAGAGGAAAUGUUCUCGCCUCUGCAGGGCCAACUCCUCCUUCAAAUACGACACGGGUCUGUUUGUCCAGGGUCUCCUGAAGGACUCCACAGGCAGCUUCGUCCUGCCGUUUCGCCAGGUGCUCUACUCUCCGUACCCGACCACACACAUCGACGUGGACAUCAACACCGUCAAGCAGAUGCCUCCGUGUCACGAGCACACGUUCAACCAGAGGCGCUACAUGCGCUCCGAGCUGAAUGCGCUCUGGAAAACGGACAGCGAGGAGGACAUUCCACCGGAAACUGUGAUCCACACGGACGAGACCUUCACCCCUGACCUAAAUAUCUUCCAAGAUGUCAUGCAUAACGACACGUUGGUCAAAUCUUUUAUCGAGGAGGUGUUCAUGCUGAAGCCCGGUCUCUCCCUGAGGAGCACCUACCUGGCCCAGUUCCUGCUGCUGCUCCACAGGAAGGCCCUCACGCUGCUCAAGUACAUCGAGGACGAAACGCAGAAAGGGAAGAAGCCGUUCCGAUCCCUUCGGAAUCUGAAGACGGACCUGGAUCUAAAGCUGGAGGGAGACCUGAACAUCAUCAUGGCGCUGGCAGAGAAGCUGAGGGCGGGGCUUCACUCCUUCGUGUUCGGGAAGCCGUUCUACACCAGCGUUCAGGAGCGAGAUGCUCUCAUGAGCUUUUAACUCGUUUAAAGUGUUCUCCUGUUCCAGACCUGAUCUCUGUGUCGGAUCACAGGAAGAACUCAUCCUCACUGAUUCACUGAGUUAGUAAAGUUACCUUUAUGCUUAAAAAAAAAGACUGAUUUGUUUUAUUCCCGAACCUUUUCUGUGUCUGAAACAACCAGUUACGUUUUAAUCGUUAUGUUUUAAUCACCAAUUUUUUUUAUUUUGAUAUG